AUGCCUCAUGCAGAGGCCAGAACAAAAACUAUUCCUUCAUCUAGAAAACUACAUUUGGCAGGUGAAAAGAUUGUUUCUCCUGGAGCAAAAAGAGGGUUGAUUCCAUGUGUUGUUCCCUUGUCAGAAAGUCCAGCAGGUAAUUUGACAUCCCUCCUUAGAUGGCCAACCGCUCCAACUGGGAUGGAAAUGCCUGUUGUGGAAGUUCGUAAACAUGGGUUGUGGCUUUUGGCUAAGAAUGUGAAACAGUAUAUCCACCGAAUACUUGUUGAGGCUGACAUCAAUGCUGAUACUGGCGAUGAUUUAUGGGCUGCCGUGGGUGAAGCUGGUAACCUUUAUGCUAAAGGUGACUUCAAAGAGUCGCAGCUGCCAGACCUUGAUGUCUAUUUGUUGAAGAAGGUUGGACUUUUCCCUGAUGUUAUAGAGAGGAAAACAUUGCGCCAUCUUGAAAAAGGAGAUAAUGUCUCGGCUCUCAUUACUGGAGAAUUCUAUAGUAGAGAUCAAUUUCCUGGAUUUGGAAGACCCUUUGUGUUCAAUGCAGAGAUUUUAAAAAGAGUUGGACGUACAUCUGAAGCCAAAGAUUCAGCUCGAGUGGCUCUGAAAUCACCAUGGUGGACACUUGGCUGCAGUUACGAAGAGGCUGCUGAACUAGCUGGGUGGGAGGAUGAGCAGCUCGAGUUUAUAAGAGAGAAGGUAACUGAGGAGGGCAAGCGUGAGGACCUGAAGAAAGGAAAGGCUCCAGAACAGGUGGUUCUUGACGAGGCAGCAUUUUUAAUGGAUUUAGCAUCUGUGGAUGGUAACUGGGAUGAGGUUGUGGAUCGGAUUGCUGAGUGUUACAGAGAAGCUGGGCUUCUUGACAUUGCAAAUUUCAUUGCCUACAGGGAGUAG